AUGCCUUACAUCACCACACACGAUGGCACUGAGAUUUACUACAAGGAUUGGGGAUCCAAAACAGCUCAGCCCGUGGUUUUCAGCCAUGGAUGGCCAUUGAGCUCGGACGACUGGGAACAUCAAAUGUUCUUUCUUGCUAGCAAAGGCUACCGUGUGAUUGCACACGAUCGACGUGGCCAUGGUAAUUCGUCGAAAUCGUGGGAAGGACAUGAUAUGGAUACCUAUGCCGACGACCUUCACGACCUUUUCGAAAAGCUUGAUCUCAAGAAUGCCAUGAUGGUUGGCCACUCUACUGGUGGCGGAGAAGUUGCCAGAUUCCUGGGCAGACAUGGCACCAGCCGUGUCUCGAAAGCGGUACUGGUAUCGGCCGUCGCACCGGGAAUGCUUAAAACAGAGGCAAAUCCCGACGGCGUCCCCUUGGAAGUUUUCGAUUCCUUCCGAGACGCAAUGGUCAAAGAUCGAGCCCAAUUCUUCAUCGACGUGCCCACGGGCCCCUUCUUUGGCUUCAACAGACCCGGCGCAAAUGUAAGUCAGGGCAAGAUCUGGAGCUGGUGGCUGCAGGGUAUGCGAUGCGAUUUUAAAGCAGCCUAUGAUUGCAUCAAAGCAUUCUCUGAGACAGAUACCUCCGAAGACCUGCGGAAGGCGGAUGUUCCCAUACUGAUUUUACAUGGAACCGACGAUCAAGUCGUACCGAUUGAGACCAGUGGACGAAGGGCAGUACAAUUCUGCAAACGGGGCACCUUGAAAGAAUUCCCUGGAGCACCGCACGCAUUACCAACCAUUUGCGUCGACGAAGUCAACCAGGAAUUGCUCAAGUUCUUGCAAUCUUGA